GAGGGCGAAAGUGCCACUGGAGAUAAUUGAUUACCUACCAAUCAAUGAGAACUUGUUAGUAAUCGUCAACUCUUUUUGGACCUCGCCAUUUUCAAGGAGGCAUCUCACUCCUGCGGACUUGCUGCUCCAGAGGAAUCCACACUUUGUGAAGAGACAUCCUAAUUUUGGAAUAAGAUUUUUCUUUUUCUUCAUUCAUUUUUGUUCACCUCCCACAACUGUUAUGUGACUUUUUUUUUCUCCCCCUUCGAUAGCAUCGCUCGUUUUUUUUUUUUAAACCUGCUGACUAUAUUUCAACGAAGUCCCUUUUUUUUUACAAACUCUCCAAUGAUGACAUCCAAAGAAGUGGCCAAAUGUGAUGCUGCAGUGGAGAACAGGAGGCGAAGUCCUCUGGACCACUUGCCGCCUCCCGCCAACUCCAACAAGCCGCUGACACCCUUCAGCAUCGAGGACAUCCUCAACAAACCGUCUGUGAAACGAAGUUACACGAUCUGCGGCACCGCUCAUCUCAUCUCGUCCUCUGAGAAGCACCGUCCCUCCAGCAUCCCUCUGUCCAGCCGGGCGCUGCUCAACCAGACCUCUCCGCUCUGCGCGCUGGAGGAGCUGGCCAGCAAGACCUUCAAGGGGCUGGAAGUCAGCGUGUUACAGGCUGCCGAAGGCCGAGACGGGAUGACUCUGUUCGGCACGAGAAGCACCCCGAAGAAGCGUCGGAAGUCCCGGACGGCGUUCACCAAUCACCAGAUCUACGAGCUGGAGAAGCGCUUCCUGUACCAGAAGUACCUGUCCCCGGCAGAUCGGGACCAGAUCGCUCAGCAGCUGGGACUGACGAACGCGCAGGUCAUCACGUGGUUUCAGAACCGCAGGGCCAAGCUAAAACGGGACCUGGAGGAGAUGAAGGCCGACGUGGAGUCGGCCAAGGCCGUCGGACAGGUGCCCUUGGACAAACUCGCCAAGCUGGCGGACCUGGAGAAAUGCGCCAACGGCACGCUGGGACACCCGCGAGGAGACUCUCCGUCCAUACGGGCCGGCGGCGGCAAGCAGCAAGAGCUCGAGCUCGCUCACAAACUGCGGAACUCGCCGCUGUCUCCGUUCUCAGACCACACAACUAGUAAAGAGUGCUCGGAGGACGAGGACGUGGAGAUUGAUGUGGAUGACUGAUGGAGCAGCAGCGUGGGGGGCUGCAUGGCUGGAUGAGAAACACACAAGAAAAGACGAUUUAAAAAAAAAAAAAGACUUGUAACUUACUGCUUAUAUUGUAUACCAUAUCUCUCAGAAACAUGUACCAAAAUGUAAUGAUCUUUUAUAUCGGCACAGAUAGACCUAUUCAUAGUGAAGCAUGAACACAGAACAAGAAAUAUGCAGUGGUAUUUUACAAUGUAUUCAUUAUAGCGAACUGUUACUUCUUGCAAUCAAAGCAAUAUGGUCUAUAAUGACAUGAGUAACUUAUUAUUUUUUUACACUAUAGGCCAACACACACACACACACACUAUACACACACACACACACACCUGUUCCAUCGCUUUUCCUAUAAGGCCUAUAACCUCACACACACCACAAUGAAAGUGCUCCAAUUUUUUCAUAUUUUUGCAUGUAAAUGCAUGAUUUGAUUUGUGAUCAUUACCUAUUUAUUUUUACUUUAUUAUUGUUAUUAUUUUUUUAAUUUAAUUGUUUUGCUGUUUUUCUGUGAGCCAACUCGCCAUGUGUCACUGCCGGCUCUUCUUCCUCUCCUCCUGCUCCUCAUCAUCUGUCUGGACCCCCUUGACUUCAGUUCAUAUUUUGGCGUCCCGAUGCUGCAGUGCAUGAUGAUGAUGAUGAUGAUGAUGAUGAUGAUGAUGAUGAUCGGAAAAGGCAAACUCGGACAUUUAUGCGUUUUAUGGGAAUGCUCACGCGACGGCGAGAAAACAAAAAGUGAAUAUAUUGCGGUGAUUUUGACAAGCUCUAGGCUACUUUUUAGAUUUAUUGUUUGGAUACAAUAGAUUUACAGUUAUAAAUUUGUUAUGUUUUGUACACCUGUAAGUGCCUUUCUAAAAUCAGGACAUUAUUUGAAAAACCAAUGCACAGACUGUAAUGUAUAUAGGCUACUA